AUGUCAUUAGCAUAAUUCAUAAAAUACAAUCAAAUAGCAUUUCUAAAUCAAUUUUGGAAUACUCUUACACCUGAAUCACAAGUAAUAAAUCCUAUUUAAUCUACUUAGUUAUUUUAUGAUAGAGGAAAUGAAAUAUUUAUAUUUAGAGAUUUAAAUCAAAUAUUUGUAAUCUACAAAAAUUAACUAAAUCAAAUUGUACGAAUUAAAAUACCAUAUAAUGGAUUGAUAUAUAGUAUGAAUAUACAAAUAGAUUUCUCAUACGUUGCCUAUUAAACAUCUGAAAAUUAAUUAGUAAAAUGUUCUCUUGUAAUUCUUAGUCCUUAUUUUCUAUCCGAGCAAAUAAACAAUUCUUUUACACUGUAUAAUCGGAAAAGAAUUCAUAAAUAAUAUAAUUUGAAUGGGCAAAAGGUUCUUUAGGAAUAUUUGACUUAUUGGUUAUUGAAAAUUAUGGAAUACAUCUUCUUAAAAUUGAUGAUUAAGUGAGAAAAGUAAAAUUUUUUUAAUAAAAAAUUUCAAACUGUUGGUAUGAACCAAAAAAUGAAGUAUUAGCAACUUGUAGUACUUCAAAUAAUGGUUUAAUAUCUACUUACUUUUUUUCAGAAAAGAAAAAAGAUUUCAAAUACAAAGGACCUGAAUUUUUUUUAGAUGAUUUUGAACCUAAAGAUGGUAUCUCAACAUUUGCUUCACUAUUCAAAUCAAAAAAAUCAGAUGUUCAAUAAUUUAUUGCACCUACUGAUAAAAAAAACAAAGAUUUAUGUUAAGAUGAAUUGAUAUCUGAUUCUAUUUAUAGAGUCUAUUUAAUUCAUAUAUAUGGUAAAUCUCUUUUAGCAUAUUCCAAUACAUUCAGUGGUAAAUUAAUAUUCUAUUCACUUAAAUUUGAAAAAAUUAAUAAGUAAAAAUAUUUACUUAAUUUUCCAUCUGACAUUACUGUAAACUAUUUUUAUUUCAUGUUAGAUUAAUCUAUCAGUUGUUGAUAAUCUUAUUGUCUUAUCUGCCAUUAAUGAAAAAAUCUCAAUUGUUUUUGAUGUUAAAAAAUAAAGAUCAGAAUCUUCAUUAGGUCCUGCCUAAUCUAUCUUAAAAUACUAAGAAAUUUCAACUUUUAAUGUUAAAGAAGUUGAAAACUAAUAAGUCGAUAAUAAAAAUCAAACUAUUAAAGAAACUUAAUCAAUCGAUUCAAUUAAGAAAUAUUCAAACAAAAAUUUAGAUGAUUUACAAAAUGACUAAAAUCAAUAAACUUUCAAAAAAGAAAAGUUAAAAGAAUUUGAUGAAAAGUUAGAUUAAAACAUAACACAAGAUCAAGAAGGAUUAAAUUAAGAUAUCAUUCAAUAAAAUACAGAUCAAACAGAAUAAUAAAAUCAAUCUAAAGAAUUUCAAUAAUUUAGAAAGCCUUUUUUUACUUCUGAUGUUUAGACUUUAAUCUAAGAAAUAAGAUAAACUGAUGAUUAUUAUUAAAAGUUCUUAGUAAAAAUGAAAUGGUCAACUUUUUCAUAAGAAUAUUUUUCUACUUAAGAUGAAUAAAGCUAAAUAUGUAAUUUUUUAUUUUAAUCUUUAGAUGAAUAAAGUUGUAAUUAUUAGGAAGAUGAUUUAAUCAUUAAUUAUAAAGAAAAAUAAAUUUAUUAAUUUAAUUUGAAUUUGAAACAUUUACCAAACAUUUUUGAUGAUGAAACAGAGGCAUUUUGUGGAUUAAUAAGAAGAAAUAACUGUAAAAAUACAGUUUUUGAAUUCUUAAUUUAUUUAGCAUUAAAUAAUAAAGCAAUUUCAAUCUUUUCCAUUGUUUUUAAACAUAUUUUUGAAAUUCUAUUGAGAUCCUAUUAAGAAAAAAAUAGAGUUGAAAAACUAUUAAAUGGAUACACUGUAUUAUAUCCAAUAGAUAUCAAAGUUAACUUUUUUGAAACCUUAUAUGAGGAUGAUAAUAUGAAUAAAUUAUUUUUAAUAGAAAUUCUGAUAGAAUUUAUUAGAUAAUUUUCUGAGAUGUUUAAGGAUUAUAAAAUUCCUAUAAUCGAAAUCUAAAAUUUAUUAGUCAAAUUAUUGAUUAAAACUCAUAGAUAUACUCAUUUACAUUUCCUAAUUUAAUAUUAGGUUUUAUCUGAUAAUUUAGAUCUUGCAAAAUUAUUAAUUGAUAUUAGUAGCAAAGAAUCUCUUGCUUCUAGAAAUCUUUAAAAUAAAUUUUCAUCUUAUGAACAAGCUUUUUAAUUGGGAAUAGAUAUGCUUUAUAGGUUAUCAAAAUAUGAAGAACUUUUAGAAUAUUUGUUAAAAUUUGGAAAAGUAAAUGCAUAAAGUUAUUAAAGUUUCAUGAUGCAACCUUUUUACUUAAAAAGAUACCAAAUUUAAGAAUGAGAUUACCUCCUAUUUAAGAAGGCAUUAAAAAUUCUGAUUGUUAAAGAGAAGAUUUAUUAGCUUUCUUAGAGGAUGCAUAUAAAAAAUAAAAAACUUAUUUUAGUUUUGCAGAAGUGUAAACUUUAUGA